CCUUCGGUCCGCAGAAGCCCCACUUGCUGACGUUUUGUGAAUGUCAUGUGAUUAGCCGCGGUCCGUAUACAGGGUUCAAUGAGAGCUGUUUGCCCCACCCAUCUCUUCAGCGCUAUCUAGCUCAAUGUACGAUUCAGUGAGAAAGGGGAAAAAUCGGCAAAAAAUACUCUCGGAGAGCGGAUCCGAUCGCGUCCAUCCGAGAAGUGACACGUUCCGUCCGCCAAGAGCUUACUGUCACUGCGGUAUUUGUCUUUUUACACACGGGUUCUCGUCGCGGCUCUAAAUGCACAUGUAUAACCCCGUCUUUCUGCAAAGGCGAAUUCAAAACGGGUGAAAGAAAAGCGUAGCCUGACGGCGGACCCUGCCUGCGAAAUGCGGUGAAAAAUACCGAAGAAUUGCGUUGAUCGGAGCAGCUGCGUGAGCCGCGUGCGCCGUUAGGAAGCCAUACGGAUUGUUGUUUGCGUGAAGCGAGUCUACGGAUGUGAGGAGAAAUUCAAAUUACAGCAGCAAACCGAGAAGACAAAAAAAAGCGCCUCUUUUGAUUUGAAUAGCCACAAAAGCCAUCGGUUAUCAUUUACAGAACAAGAGGAAAAUAUACAGUUACAUGUGGGAUUUCUUUUUUUUUUUAUUAAAAGAAAAAAAGCUUUCUAUCUUUUGACACAUCAUUUCAUAGCGGAGUUUAAAAAAAGGUUCAUGUCGGCCACGGCUCGAGGCGGAAUGAACCGCAGGCCGUCCGUUUGGGGAAGAUAUUUAUCUCUUCAGGUCUUUUUUUAAACCCUUCCUCUAUCCCUUUUCCCCGUGUUAGCGUGUCGGUGAACGGAUGUGACAGGAAAAGAAAAGAAACCCCGUUUUCGUAGAUGAUUUUGCGAGGAGUGCCGGCCGCGACUGUCAUUUUGGGGAAGCGACUAUGGAUUGUCGACGAGAAAUUUGUUAAAUCGCCUUCGGAUUUCUGGAACAGCAAGACAAAGACCUUCAUGUAACGCCGUGGAGGCAUACACACACAUAUAUACACACACACAUAACACACACAGACAGACACACACAUACACAUACACAUCCAACGCGAAGUGUAAAACUCCCGCUCGGAUAUUACUGCACCAAAAAAGCUCAGGAGGACUCGGCCUUGUGUGUAGGCAGGCCUUGGUGUUUUCACCACCAUCACAAGCCCUCCGUUUCUUGCCUAAAGCUCCUACUGAGCACUCACCCAAAGGCAUAGCUUUCAUAUUGCUUCACCCCUUCAUCCCUUUAAACGACUGACCCCAUCCAUCCAUCUAUCCAUCCAUCCAUCCAUCCCAGUGUGCUGUUCUUCCAGGGAGUGUGCAUAUGCACAGAGAAAUGUCACAAUUCCCAAUCCUUGGGAUUUGAACACGUGCCAAGGAAUCAAGGAAUUUUUUGGCUGUCUGAUACUGAUACUGUACAUUCAUCCCCCCUACCAUCCACAAAAAACAUUUCCUUUUCGUAUUGGGACGUUGGGAAGAUGGGUUGUUUGGGCAACAGUAAAACAGAAGACCAGCGUAAUGAGGAGAAGGCCCAGAGAGAAGCAAACAAAAAGAUAGAGAAACAGUUACAGAAAGACAAACAGAUAUACAGAGCGACCCAUCGGCUACUACUGUUAGGAGCUGGAGAAUCGGGCAAAAGCACUAUAGUCAAACAGAUGCGCAUUUUACAUGUCAAUGGCUUCAAUGCUGAGGAGAAAAAACAGAAAAUUCAGGAUAUUAAGAAUAAUAUAAAAGAAGCUAUAGAGACUAUCGUGACUGCAAUGAACAGUUUGGUACCUCCAGUUCAGUUAGCCUGUCCAGCAAACCAGUUUCGAAUCGAGUACAUCCUCAAUUUAACCAAUCAAAAAGACUUUGAAUUCACCCCGGAAUUUUAUGAACACACAAAGACUCUGUGGCACGACGAGGGAGUAAGAGCCUGCUUUGAGAGAUCCAAUGAGUAUCAGCUGAUUGACUGUGCUCAGUACUUCCUAGAUAAGAUUGACACUAUAAAGCAAAGUGACUACACGCCUACUGAUCAGGAUUUGUUGAGGUGCAGAGUGCUGACCUCAGGGAUCUUUGAGACGAGGUUCCAAGUGGACAAAGUUAAUUUUCACAUGUUUGAUGUUGGUGGUCAAAGAGAUGAACGAAGGAAAUGGAUCCAGUGUUUUAAUGAUGUGACUGCCAUUAUAUUUGUGGUGGCCAGCAGCAGCUACAAUAUGGUCAUCCGAGAAGACAAUCAAACCAACCGUCUCCAGGAGGCAUUGAACCUGUUCAAGAACAUAUGGAACAAUAGAUGGCUUCGAACCAUUUCUGUUAUUCUUUUCCUAAAUAAGCAAGACCUACUAGCCGAGAAGGUUCUGGCGGGAAAAUCGAAAAUAGAGGAGUAUUUCCCGGAGUUUUCACGCUACACAACACCAGAUGAUGCUACACCUGAACUGGGGGAAGACCCACGAGUUACAAGAGCAAAAUAUUUCAUCCGGGAUGAGUUCCUGAGGAUCAGUACAGCAAGUGGGGACGGUCGCCACUACUGCUAUCCACACUUCACUUGUGCUGUGGACACAGAAAACAUCCGCCGGGUGUUCAAUGACUGCCGUGACAUCAUCCAGCGCAUGCAUCUCCGGCAAUAUGAGCUCUUGUGAUUGCCACAGCACCGCUGGAACCCAGUCUAGAACUUUCUACAGGCUUCCUGUCCUACUCAUGCCCCAAAAAUGCAACCAUGAAACUUACUAUUUAUGAGUUUCCAGGACACACAGCAACAUAUGAGACACACAAACACAGGCUUUCUCCAUCCUGAGAUCGCUGAGGGGCAAGGAGAAUACUGUAUCGGUAAUGAACAAGGGUGACUGUGCAAUCCAGAAAAAGACAAUAUAGCCAAUGACCACCAAUGUUAAAAGAGAAAGCGUGUGAAUACAUACACAUAUGCUGAGAGAGAAAGGAAAAAAUAAAUGUUUGACCGGGACUGCCGAAUAUCUGCACACUUGUCGAGGCUCUGCUCAGGAUGAGGAAGAUAUUUAUAUGGCAUUCACAAAGACACACGUGUACAAUUCUGCUCCACUCCCUCUGUCCUAUGUAUGUUAAACAUUAGCCAUGUGUUUCUAAUGAUGUACUUACCACACACAUGCACACCACUAUUGUGAAACUCCACUCUUUGCCUGAGUGAGCCUGUUGUCUCCCCUCUUCUCUCAAAAUGGACUAACCCAUGGAGAAGAGAAAAUGAUGGACUGAUGCAAAGACAUGGUGAAAGAAUGUAGACCUUUAUGGUUUGCUUGAAAGGAUAAAAAGGGGGUAGAAUUAUGGAGUAUUUUCAGCCCCGGGUUGCUGUGCUAGCAGAGCGGAGAAUGACUCAAACACAAGACCCAUCACAUGAUUCUUUUCUCCAAAUGCAACAAGGAGAAAUAGUGAGAACAUACAAUGCAUAGAUUCAUGCAGAACAGCCAAUUACAGUGCAAAAAAAUUUAUAUGUGCGUGCACACACACAGAUAUAUAUCUGUGUAUUCCUGUAACAGCACGUCAGCUCUUCUGUUUCAUGGUUUCAUCUGUUGAGUGUUAUGCACUCUGUGUGCAAAUAAUGCCUUUAUUCACAGUUUUAACCUUCCAUUUUCCAAGAUACCAUAACUAUACAUUCUCUCCCACUCACUCUAUCAGUCUGUCUGUCUGUAUCUUCUCCCUUUCACUCCUCCUGCUCCCUGCUGCAGUCAUCUUGUACACUGACGUGGGGACUGAGAGUUAAAAAAAAUAUAUAUAUCAUGACAUGGAAAAGGGGUACAAAAUUCAAGCAACUCGUCGCUCCUAUUUUUACUCUCUCUCUUCCCCCUUAAUCCCUUCGGCUUGGCUUUUUGUCUUUAUUUCUCUGCUGGAUCAUUAUUCUUGUACAGACUGUAAAAUGUAAUAUUUUGUACAACUUUAUUGAAGAAAAAAAGUAAUUGUAGAAGCUC